CCGGCGAUAUUAGCUAGCACUCGCUUACGGUAUUCUCUGCAAAAGGGAAGGCGGUAACUCAAGAUAAUUAACACCUGGAUUGCUUAAAGGACUGUACCUCAAUAAAUUAUAACUAACCGAGGAAGGAUUAAAUAAGCUGUAAACGUUGUAACUGACGUUCUAAUAAUUCUGUUGGGUGUCUGUUGUCUCAUGAUGGAGGAUAACGGUGCACAUUUCUUCGAGGGGACAGAGAAGCUGCUGGAGGUUUGGUUCUCUCGCCAGGACGAGACCAAAGGAACCGGGGACCUCCGCACCAUCCCGAGGUUUGAGUGGGACAAACUUUUGGAAAAUGUGCAUUGUUUGAUCAUAAGUGUGACAAAGACUGACAAGCAGGAAGCUUAUAUACUCAGUGAGAGUAGCAUGUUUGUCUCCAAGAGACGUUUCAUUUUGAAGACAUGUGGAACCACCCUCUUACUGCAAGCACUGGUGCCUCUGCUGGAGCUCGCCAGGGAGUACUGUGGCUUUGACGCCAUCGAGAAUUUCUUCUAUUCCCGUAAGAACUUCAUGAAGCCGGCCCACCAGGAGUUCCCUCAUCGAAACUUUCAGGAGGAAGUGGAUUUUCUCAGCCAAAUUUUCCCAAACGGAGCAGCCUACUGCAUGGGACGUUUAAACUCUGACUGCUGGUACCUGUUCACCCUGGAUCUGCCAGAGUACUGGGAAAACAAGAAGGCCGAUCAGACGCUGGAAGUUUUGAUGAGCGACCUCGACCCAGCCAUUAUGGACCAGUUCUACAUGAAAGACGGUGUUUCUGCAAGUGAGGUCACUCGUAGGAGUGGAAUUCGUGACCUGAUACCAGGUUCUGUGAUCGACGCCACAAUGUUCAACCCUUGUGGAUACUCAAUGAACGGAAUGAAGACUGAUGGAACUUACUGGACCAUCCACAUCACCCCGGAGCCAGAGUUCUCCUACGUCAGCUUCGAGACCAACCUCUCCCAGACGUCCUACGACGAUCUGAUCAGGAAGGUCGUUGAUGUGUUCAAGCCAGGAAAAUUUGUGACUACACUUUUUGUCAACCAGAGCUCCAAGUGUCGCAGUGUCUUCUCUUCCCCCCAGAAACUCGAGGGCUACAAGCGCCUCGACCGCCAGUUGGCUCAGUUCAACGAUUACAAUUUCGUCUUUACAAGCUACGCCAAGAACCGCCAGCAGAACCAGCAGAGCUGAGGGUUGAGGAUGAAGAAGAGGCGCAAAAAGAAAGUUGGUGGCAGCUGCCACUGUCGCUUGGGCGCCACAUCCUCGGCCGUUCCCGCCUGCUCGGCGCCUGCCCGCCUCGCCCUGGGUUUACCCUCCAGUUUGAGUUGUUUGCUUUGUCGUAACUGUGACUUAAGUCUCUUGCAUGAAAGCUCUUCUCGCUGUCUCGAUAUUCUAGCUCACUCUUGCUGUGAUCCUGAGGUGCAUGUAGAGGAAUUAACCGUGUUCUGUUCCAGGCUGUCCAUCGGCGCCCAGUACACCGGUACCUUCCUGCAGGUCUCUCCCCUCAUCCCCCACAGACAGGGCUUCCGCCCACACUAGAGCAGGGCCCUGGCACACUCAGACCGGACCGCCUCAUCACGGCUCACUUAAGACGCAUUGACCUUCCAAAUUCUCAGAUCUUUUGACUUGAUCAGGAUGUUUAUAGUUUGCCCUAAAUUUGGGUGAUACUUUUUGUUGCUGUACUGAGCACUACAGCAGUGAAUCUCUGCUUUGCUGGGCCGUAAUGCGUCUCUUCAUUUUCCAGUUUCUUGGCAUCAUCUUUCUUUUUUUUUUUUUUCUUCACAAUUUGCCCUUGUUAGGCUGAUGUGAUUUGGCCCACUGUCUGAAUGUCCGUUUCCAUGGAGAACAGCCUGGAGCGCGUUUGAGCUGAAUGUCUGACUCCAGGAGAGCAGCUGGCGCAGUCACAAUGCCCUCUGCUGACCAAACGUUUUCCAGUCCUUGCAGACCAUGGAGCCGACCAUCCUGGCUGCUACAGUGUCGAACGCUUUCAAUGAAUCAGACACAUUUAGCUCAGUUGAACAGCAAAGCGCUUUUUGUUUUUUUGCUUUCUCUCUGUGUCCGUCCUCUCUCUCUUUCCGCCCCAUACAGAAAUCUGUAAAAGCACAAUGGAGGCCCACCGGUCUGAGCAUGCCAGGGUGAACCCGGAUCAUUCCACAUAUAACUCCUGCCUAAACUGCCAUUUUAUUAAAUUGAUUGUCUCCCCCCUAACUUUAGAAUCAGUUGAAAAUAGGACUUCCUAGCAGUUUUCUUUGUUUGGAUGACUGGUCCUUUUGUCCGUUGAGGGGGACGUCCUGUGACACUGUGGUGCAUGUGACUUCUAGUACCGUGUUGCUUGACAGCCUAGUGCCACCUCUUCCUCGUUUUAUUUGUGCUUCACCUUCCAGCUGGAAGCACACAUAGAAGCUGCUGCAUCCUGACAUGUUAAAGGGUUUUAUUUUCUUUUUCGAUAUUUUCACGGGUUCAGUUAAGUUAUAGUUUAUCUUAAAGCUGCGGGGAAGUUAUUGGAGCAGGUUGGAGGGAUUCCCUAACCCUCACUCUUCCUUAAGACUUCCCAACAGCUGCAGUGGUUUUAAGGAAAUCUUAAUGCUACUUUUUGGGGAUCAUUGCCAUUUUGUUUUCUUUUUAUACAGUGAAGUCAAUGCAUUGUUACAGUAAAAUCAGAAAAUUUUAUACAAAGCAUUUUGUAUUUCUGCUGCGGACCAAUUUUUCAUUUCCUCUUUUGUGUUCAAAUGUUAAAGCGGUUUCCCCAAACUAGUUUGUUCAGAAGUUAAGGGAUGACUAUUUUUUUUAUUUUUAUUUUUUUAAGCUGACUAACUCUUGUGAAUUAAUAAAUAUCUGACUCUCCACUCCUUAAAGUUGGAGUGAUUUCCCCCUCUGGGGUCGAGAGGGUGCAGUUAUCUGGAUCUGUCAGGAUGUACUGAAGGAGACACUUUGCUGUUCUAAUUUCUUUUGCUGUUCUUUGGAUGGUCAAGAUGUGCUAAAUAUAUCUGUGCUAUGAGCUUGAUGCUUCAAUAAAAGAUAUUUACCUGUUCAA